UAUCAUGUCGAUUCUUCAAUUUCUUUGCUUCUUCCUUUUCGUUUUCUCCCUUCCCACACUUGCAUUGCGGCCCUCCAGGCUUCCUGCUCCGAAAGGCUCUGCGGCACCCAAGCACUACGAGGACAUCCAUCCUCUGAGGUUUGUUCAUAUCUUCGGCAAACAUACGCACUGGCACUGAUCUGCCGAGACGUUCGUCGACAAGACUUGUGA